UCUUCAUUUUUGCCGCCGAACCCUCUCCAUAAACCGAUUAAUCGUUCGAUGAAAAAUCUUUGAUCGUCGAUUAAAACCAAACUACAAUGAUGGGUAGAACGAAACGUUGAGCUAGAGAUCUACUUCCAGACUUUCAUGUUGGACUGCAAUACAAUCAAUCAAGUUCUAGGACAAGCGAAGAACAAAUCAAUUCGAGGGGUGUUGAUUCACAAAAUCCAGAUUCGAAUAAACCCCUAAUGUAUAUUAGAAGGAAACAAGCCAAAAGUGGUGGGAGAGUUGUAAUUCAAAAGGACAAGAAGAAGAGGUCUAUGGAAGUAACCUCUUGUAAUGUUAGAACUCCGCAACCUCGUGUAGGAAACAAAAAUUUGGGUGCACAUAAAAGAGGAACUACAACCUCUGAUACAGAGGAUGGAGAGACAGAGAUACCACCAGAAGGAGAAGUUCAGGGAAGUCGAGCUAACAAGGAAAAUACUAUUGUAAUUAAAAAGACCGGAAGCGGAGGUGGAUUACAAGGUAACAUAAAUAGAGAUGAAGAUGAAGAUGAGCAACGAAGACCACAAAGGGCUGGAAAACAAGUCGUUGAAGAUGAAGAAAAUGAAGAUGAAGAUGAUGAAGAAGAAGAACCACCACAACCACAACCAAGAAAAAAAGUAAACCAACAGAAAGUUGCUAAAACACGGAAGAAAAAGCUUCAUAUUCCCGAUGAUGAUUACGUAAUACCUAUCCAGAGGAACGCCCAAACACUUGGUCUUCCUCCAUAUGGAGGAAAGGUUUUGAUUGGUUACGAGGAGUCGUGGGAAAAGCGAAUAUAUGAGACUCCGGAUCAUAGGGGUGAUGAGUGUCAAAUAUUGUAUAUAUUUAUCCCUUUUUGUUGGCAUUUUAACUCAUCUUUUGUGCAUUAAUUCUACAU